AGAAAAAAAAACACCGCUGCCCGCUACCGCUGCAGUUAUGACCGUCGCUGUGUUGACACGUGGAAUGAAAGGCAUCCUGAUAUUUUCAGUUGUGGUCAUAGUUGGUUUCACUUUAUACAACCCGGUGAUCAUCACGAAGAAGAAAGUAGAGAUCCUGUCGUACCUCGACAAGUUCAUGUGGCGUUCCAAGGUUCCGCCAGCUGCAAUAAAUUCCAGUAACGUGACUCAGGCUGAGGCGCGCAUUGAUCAGCCCAGAGCAGAGCCAACUCCAGGCCCCUGCCAUCCCAACCUGGCUUACAACAGUCUGACCUCCAAGCUCAAGCCAAUCUACAAGGACUUCAUGAUGUACCGACACUGCAGGGAGUUCCCGCUCCUGUGCAGGGCUGCCAGCUGUGAUGGAGAACACACCUUCCUGCUAUUGGCAAUUAAGUCGCUGGCAGAGCAUGCAGACCGGCGGGCAUCUAUCCGCAGCACAUGGGGGCAGGAGCGGAUUGUUGGAGGGGCAGUGGUGCGCCGCGUCUUUCUCCUGGGCCUCACAGAGAGUCAGAUCCGCUCUCAGGCUGUGCAGGCCUUGGUUGACCAUGAGAGCAAGCAAUACAACGACAUCAUCCAAUGGGGCUUUCGUGAGUCCUUCUUCAAUGUCACACUGAAGGAGACCCUUUUCUGGAAGUGGUUCUCCCAGGACUGCCGGUCCGUGAAGUUUGUCUUCAAGGGUGACGACGAUGUGUUUGUUAACGUGGACAAUGUUGUGGAAUAUUUAAAGGAAUACAAUCCUUCCCAUGAUCUUUAUGUCGGGGAUGUCUUCCAAAACUGGUACCCGACAAGAGCAGAGCAUAGCAAGUACUUCAUCCCACUUUUUCUAUACGGCCAAAAACCUUACCCUCCCUAUGCUGGCGGGGGUGGUUACCUGUUGUCUGGAACGUCAAUCUUCAAACUACACAAGGCCGCUGAGGAUGAGGAGCUCUUUCCCAUUGAUGAUGCUUUUGUGGGAAUAUGUGCACAGAGGGCCAAAAUUGAAGUGAUUGCUCACAGGGGCUUCCGUACUUAUGGGAAUAUUCCAUACGACCCAUGCAUUUACCGAGGAUUAAUGGUUGUUCACCGAGUGAUGCCCAAUGAAUUAUGGUUGAUCUGGAGCUUGCUAAAGAUUAACAGGAAGCCGUGCAGUCAGUUUACAAGAGUUUCAGUUAAACCAUGAAGAAAUGGCUCUAUCUGUGCCAUUAACUAUCUGAAAGCAAUACCCAAUCCUUUGGAUUCAAGCAGAAGACAUUAAAGACAAUUCAAAGUUCUGCUGUUCUCUGAAUCCUUCCCACACACCACUGAAAUGUUCUGAAUGUUGAUCUUGCUGAGGAUAGCUAAUUGGACACCAAUCAGCAACUCUGGGAAUGUGUAGCCCAAGGCCUGACACUUGGCAUUUGUCUUUUGGGGCAAGAUGCACACCUGUCAGCUCUAGCUGCCCUGUUUGUCAAAGAGCAAAGGAUCCCUCCUGGUAUCUUGGCCAAUGCUAAUCCCUCACUCAACAGGAUUUCAACAGGUUAUUUGGUACUGCUUUUAACAUCUCCUUGCUGUGAGCAAUUUCUCAAGAUUACAGGAGGCACUACACUUCCUGCGGCUGUGUGCGGGCACUCAGAGAUUGUGAAAGGAUGUCCUCAUGUUCUUUCUAAUUAACUUCUAAAACUAAACAUCGGCGCCAUUAUACUUGUUGAGAUCCUGAGGUUUUUUUUUAAAUAAUCACGUUGUAUUACCUCAGAAAUUUUGAAGGGUUGUUCUCCUCCACUAUUUCCCAUGGGAUCUGAGCAUCGCUGACGUGUCUAGUAGUUCCCCUUGAAUGGCUUCCUCAGCCUUUGCAGAAGGCAGUUAAGAUUCAGCCACAUUGGUGUGGGUUUGGAGUCACGUUCAGACCAGGCUGAGAAAGUAUGGCAGAUUUCCUCCUCCAAAGGGAACCAAAUGCAUUCUAACAAAAAUUGACAGCAUUUUAUUCCGGAAGGAUGUUGCAACACCAGGAGGCUGGUAGAUAUAUGGAAAGUGCUACCUGAGAGGGUAGUGGAGGCAGUACUCUUACAACAUUUAAGAAGCAUCUGGAUGAGAACUUAAAAUGCAAGGGCAUAGGAGCUAUGGCCCAAGUGCAGGUAAAUGGGAUUGGUAUCGUUUGGAAGUAGAGUGAAGAACUGCAGACAAUGGAGAUCUGAAACAAAAACAGAAAUUGUUGGCGAAACUCAGCAGGUCCGGCAGCAUCCGUGGGAAGAAAACAGAGUUAAUGUCUUGAUUCCGGCGACUCUAUGUCAGAACUGCUGAAUCCAGGACUACUGAGUUUUUGCCAGAAGUUUCUGUUUUUGUUAGUGCAGUUUAGUGUUUAUUGAUCGGCAUAGACAGGGUAGGCCGAAAGGCCUGUUUCUAGACUCCAUGACUCGCUGACACAUUUCAAUAAGGCUUUUGCACAUCCCUUUCACAUCACACUGAAGGAGAUGAUUUUCUGUAAGUGGUUUACAGGCAUUGUAUAUGUGAGCUUUCAAAAUGUAUCUGAUAAAACACUGCACAACAGAUUUUCUCUCAAAGUAGAAACACAUGGGAUUAAAGGGAUGUUGCUAAUCCGGGAAUAUACAGUAGUAAGCGAAGUGUUAGGUAACAGUCACAGUGAGGUGGAGACAGUGGGAUUCCAAGGCAUAGGUUCAGGGUGAGAGGGGAAAGAUAUAAAAGAGACCUAAGAGGGAACUUUUUCACACAGA